AUGUCUGAACAAUCCGUCAUUUUGUCUACUCUGUCCCCGGGAGACGUAAUUAUCGCUGCACAUGGCCCAGUUUACAACGGACCAGGUGCUCAGAAACCCGAUAGCCCAUUUGUUUUACGGAAACUUGAAAAGCACCAGAAAGAGGCCAUAGAAAGAGCUAAGGGUUAUGCUCUCGAACAGAGCAUAAAGACAGCACUUCUUAAGCAGACACAAUCCCAACAAAAUCUCCAGACCAAUGCUGCGAAACGAACGCAGACGCUGACUCUGCUGAAUAGGAUCUACAUAGGAUCUAUCGCUUAUGAUAUAAAAGAGGAGAUGAUCAAGCAGGCUUUCCUCCCUUUCGGUCCUGUUAAGUCAGUUAGCAUGAGUUGGGACCCCGCUACACAGAAGCAUAAGGGGUUUGCUUUUGUUGAGUACGAAUACCCCGAAGCUGCCCAACUGGCUAUUGACCAAAUGAAUGGGACAAACUUCGGCGGACGCCUGCUCAAAGUUGGCCGUCCGAGCAACCUACCAAAUGCUGACACUUUUAUCAAUGAUCUAGUCGAGGAAUUCCAACUUCACCGACGGAUUUAUGUCGCAGGAGUACAUCUCGACUUGACAGAGCCCGACUUAUCACUUGUUUUUGAAGCUUUUGGGAAAAUAACUAUGUGCAAACUAGUUCCCGACCCGUUACAUCCUCCUCUCCACAGAGGCUUCGGCUACAUCGAGUUUGAAACUGUUCAAUCGGCAAAUGACGCUGCAUUAAGUAUGAACAAGUUCGAUCUGGGUGGUCAGCUGCUGCGGGUGUGUAAAGCUAUUUCGCCACCUGAUGGGGUUUGCACCAACACAACUUCUCAGCUUCCACCUGCUGCUGCUGUUGCUGCCGCAUCGGUCACAGCCAAACUGCUCUCUAUGGAUGCUCAACAGGUCGGUCUAUCCGUCUAUAUGGCACUUUGGUCUACCUAUUCGCACUUACUUUGUUAUUGUACAUGAUCUCACAUUGCUUCGAAAUUUGUCAUAUAUCUCCUGCUCUCGGGCUUUCUCAGCCGUCUUUAUAAUAGACCAUGCCAGACUGACACAAGUAACUUUGUGUCAUCUGCUCACAGCUGUACUCAAAACAAUGUAAAACGGUAUAAUAAACGGCGUGAAUACCGGCUGUCUCCGACUAACUUUGCUAUCCUUGCGUAGGUCUAAGGAUGUAACUGCACUUUUGUGAGUUAGUAUCGUGGUUGCUGGACGUACAUGAUUUACCAACAAUGUCAACACGCUAAAAGCGCCUACUUACAGUACUAUGGCAUCUAGGAGUUAAAGUCCGUCAAGGUAUUCUGUGAAUACAACUAAUGCAUAUCCGUGCUACCCACCCAGAUAUCCAAUGCUCGGACGGACGUGACCAGUCGCUAGCGGUCACUUCUCUUUUUUGGAAAAAGUAGGUGAACUACAUAUGUUGGGCAGACACUUGCUGGUAGCCAAGCAGAAUGACCAUAAAAGGCAAGAGGACUGCUGGGCAUUUCCCAGCUAUUGUCCAAUUUUCUGAAUUCCAAUCAUAACACCUUCCUCGUCUAGGCCGAAUCUGUAGGUUUGUAAUUAGCUGCGACAACAGCUGCUGGCAACGCAUGGCACUUGCGCUGUUCGACUUGAAUUGUAGUAGGGCCAGAUUUUUAGCAUCGCACGACUUACAGCGUCAGCCGUCCUUUUUCCAGUAACCACUUACGUUGUAAUAAAUUUGCCCUCUUAAAGUCCUUUCUCCUGACACCGCUUAUUUGACGUCACAAAAAGUAACGGACAUCGAUUUAUAAUUGCAUCUAAAUUUAAUAUAGUAUUAUCUCCGUUCAUCUGAUCAUAAAUCUGGCGUUGAGAGAAACCAAAUGUGCUUCAAGUUAGGACUUACUGUACGCGGUGUUCAUUGGUUAUUUUUUGGUUCUAUCUCCAAAGGCUUGGCUUGCAGGCUGGCAGGUCAUUUGUUUCAACUUGUCAUAGUUUUACUUAUGAUGCGGCGCUACGGCAUCUUUCACCUUCGUCCUGAAAUUCUGUCGAGUUUUUAAUUGGAAGCUUGUUUAGUGAACUUCUAUAAAGCGUUGCUUUAGUUCGCAUAUAGACUACGUUGGUCCUUAUUGAAGGGAGUGCGGAAUAGGUAUUACCGUGCGAAAGCCGUUCAAGUUGUGGGAAAUGUUUGUCCCGUUGCACUUUAGAGCCGGCAGGCAGCUCUAGAGCUCGGACUUAGUGCUUAUAGGCUAAAGAGUUUAGGUUUGAAUCCCAGACUAGUAAACCAGAAAUGGCCAUCUCACUCUUCAUUGUCAGCACUCCUUCCAACAAUCUUGGCGCUUAAUUGGAAGGCUAAUAUCUAGUUUCAGCUGUUAUUCACUACUUUUGUUGUACCUUUUCUCUACUACAUUCUGAACGUUAUAAUUUGCUUUCUUUUAGCUUCCCUCAUCUCAACCGCCCCUUUCUCCUACCGAAGAUAUCAGAUUUCUCCCAAACUCCUUGUCAAAGCCUACUGUCACUACCAUCACCAAUAUCAACAGCCUACCACAAGUUUCACAACGCUCCUCCCCCCCUCCGGUCGCCACGCGUCCACCUGUUGAAACUGUUCCUCCAGCAUCAGCGAAGAAAACGGUUUCCUCCUUCCAACCCCUCGAAAUGGUCGAGGAUUCGAUCUCUACGGGUAGGAGAGUAUUUCACUUCAUGGGAUCAACUUCACACAUAAACUGGCUCGAUCCUGUAAACAACGCUGGGGAUAGCGGAUCUGCACUUCAAAGUUAAACUUAUAUGUUACCGAUUAGUGGGUACUGGGUUUUUGCGCUCUGGUGUCUGCAAAUGGCGUGCAGAAGCGAUAAAUGGUGGUUGGCGCCGACUGAUUGGAAAGCGUGUCCCUGCUAAUAUGAAUGACUGGGUAUCCAAUCAUCUACACUGACCGAAAACUAUUGUGUCCAGCAGUAGCAGCAGUUAGUUGCACUUUUGAGUUUAGGUUACUACUGCUGGUUUCAAAUAACAUUUACUCUCAUCUCAUGUACGCAUCCUUAGUUUUUCUUUUCUCCAGUUCUUCUUGAAGGUUAGAUUGACUAUUCGAAUUGCAUGGCAUUUGAGUCAGGCGGGUUAACCGCCAGUAGUGAUGUCGAUUCAUGCAUGUUAUAUUAAUUUUGUUUGCCUGUUAAGUUUCAGAAUGUUGGGUCUGCACUUUAAGACACGGCGGAGGAUAACACUGGGGAGCAUUAUUUAGUUCCAUCGAUAGAGUCAUUCGACUUGUCAACGUGAUAAAGUAACUUUGGAUCUUGAAGAAGGCCAAAUUUUGUGCAAUAUAUAAUAUAAUCGGGACAGCGGAUCUCACGACAAUUCACCAAUUGUCCCUCAUCUCUUCACAAGGAAGAGAAGCCAAUGAAAGGUACACGGAAAUUUGAAUUUAUUCAAUACGUCUGUGUGAAACAGUGUCGCAUUUCCCAUGACCGUCUUAUCAGUGGUAGUAAUGCAAAAGCGGACAGAUAGAACAACAACGUCUGUGACUUUAUUGUCAGAGGCAACUUAAAGAUGUGAAGUAAACUUCCGGGAACUACCAUCGUGAGACCGGGACAAUGACACAAUCUAGUUGUUUACGCAAGCUCGGAUUAUCCCGCUGAGCAAAGACUGUUUCCGAGCCUUUGGAGUUCAAAUGUGGACUCGGAAGAUAUUUCGGUCUGCAGGAUGUUCGCCACCCAACAAAUACCCUGCAACGGAGGAAUGAGGAAUUCUGUUUUCAGAUUGCGGAAGCCGGUUUGGUGAAUGCCUAAUCUACUUGUCAGGCAGUUGUUUUUGAGUUUACCUAAUACGCUUGUCUCCACAUGUUCCUAUUUAUUCGUUGGUAAACUGAAGUUGCAUUCAGAAACAUGGCCUCUGUAGUCACAUUUAUCGGAAGCAUGUGCGAUGUAGUCUCCAUUCCGUUAUAUUUGAGGCAUUACCACCCUUGGGUAAAAGUGAUAUCACGGCGGGUUUUUUCCUGGACAGCCUGUCCCGUAGAGUUUUGCCUUGGAGGACAACUGCGUCAUUUAGGCUAUGUUUCUAGUGUUUUAACGUAAUUCAUUUUCUUUCUAAAAUAUGGACAAGAUCUCGUUCCCUCUGUAUAGAACCAAUACUUGCGAAAUUUAUUUAUUGAUUUUUACUUGUCUACUUGGGAAAGGCACACUGUGCGCCCUUACUUACGAAGGUUGCGAAUCUGAUUUUUUUGGCAUCGAAGCACUAAGUGAACUUCUGUACAGGUGUAUGCUUGGCUUUUUACCGAGAACUUUCCUAGCCAUGUGUGCGAAUCACACUUGGGAAAGUUGCAUGGCUCAAGUACCGUGGAUUAUUACGAUAAUUUUCGGCACCCGUUUAAACGUAACUACACAUUGGUCUAAUUUUGUGGAAGAUUGCGUUUUAUUAGGAUCGCGCACAUCAAUUUAAAAAAAGAAAGAUUUACUGAUACCUGUCUGCGCUUCCGCUGGCCCCCAAGGUUUUAGAACAAUAUGAUGCGUGCUUUUUCGGACCCAAAUCCACCUAAACCGAAAUAUCCUUUUCUGUACUCAUUUCUUAACAAAUGACGUCUUCUUCAAACACCACCCUUCUGUUCGAUAAGUUUUUAGUCAUGUAACUUUUUAAGACCAUGGAAUGCCCAUUCAAAUAGCACUGUGUCUGUCCUUUCAUUGAUACUCUCUAUGAAUUAUACAACGUAGCCCAUAUUUACAGCAGAAUCUUAUGAGCUAUCUAUGACGCCCUCUUAAUAGCAUAGGAGUGUGUAUAGCUUUUAUCAAACAGAAAGGUUACAACUUGUCGUUUAAAAACCCAAAACACUAGCGAAACGGCAUGUCGAGUACAUAAUUAUUCGGGGACUGAAAAACGUUUUAUAAAACCUUCAUCGAGGGCAGAAAAUCUAAGGAGGACGUCACCCACUACAAAUAAGUGUCAGAAAGGAUAUCUUCCUGCAUGCUCUCUGUAAAAUGUGCUUAGAUUUAUAAAGACAUCAAAUCUCCACGGAACAACUCAUACUACCUAAGUAGUCGUUUUUGGUGAAUGGAAUUUUCGCACGCGGAUGGGAAGAACGCAUUCACAAGCCGGCGUCCUGACGUGAGUGAAGUAUCUUUGGAUUAUGCUGCUGGAUGACCGGUAUUACAACGGCACCCAAGUAAUCCUUUCUAAGCGAGAUCGUAUUUCUCACUUUCAGUUAACGUUUCGCCUGGUGUAUUUCGUCUGAGGCAAACUCAAGUAAUCCUUAGUGCCCUUCCGCAAAGAGGCCUACGGGUGCUCACAGAAUAUUGCGGUAGAUGUGAACCACCUUGCCUGAACUUAGUCGGUCUCAGUAGCAAUCACGAAAACUCGAGACUGGGACUGCUGGUUAUCGCCGCAGUCGACGGGGACGAAGCCACAGCGAAACUAGAUCAAUUUCGCACCGACAGUCACCUUUAGGAAUCUACGCAUAGUACGCAUGCAUCCCAUGCGCCAUAUCGUAAGAACUAUGUACAGGACUACCCGGCCUCUGAAGACGAAGGGCCGAGAUCGCCACAUGAAGCGUAAGAGCACAAGUACACUCCUCCGUCCUCUCAUACGUCGCCCUGGAGUCUCAUUUUCGUUACUAUUGGUAGAAGUCGAGCUGCCUUUGUUCCGCCCCUCCCGGAUGUUUUGUCCGUGCCCAUAGGGCAAAGUUUUUUACAGUCUUUUACCCUCUUAUCGGACCCCUCUGCAUUUUUUCCAUCUUUCUACCCCCCCCCCCCUGAUUCCGAUUUUAGGCGCUGAAAGUGGUACACGCCUGAAACUGAGCCUCCGAGACCAGACCAAGAAGCAGCCAAAGACGCCGACUGAGGCGCCGCCUCCAGCAACUCAGCCAAGGAGCCAGUGGGCCGAGGUUUCUUUGGAGGAGGAGCAACAGUCGGCACCGGUUUUUGUCCGCUCCAACGACAGUCGCCUCUUCUCCAUCCCCUCACCCUCCUCCAUACCUCUUCCUCCUCCGCCGCCCUCCUAGGAUAUGUCUGCACUCCAGAAAGGUUUCUACUGUGAACUUGUUGAUCACCUUGUUCUUCCUCAUCAUCGCUUCCACUAAUAGUUUUGUUCGGUUUAUCGGCGUGUCGAGCGUCUAUUAGUGAACCCGGAUGGGGCAAGGAGAAGACAGCGUUCUAGGGGGGAUUCUAUACCCCUCAAUGCCGCGGCUUCGAGGAUCCAUAUAUGACUUCCAGCUAGUGUCAGUUGCACUCGUGAACAAUUUCCAUCGGGCAUAAUCAGCGGAGUCCCUACCUCGGCUGAUAAUGGACAAUGAGCGGCGAGCAUGUAUGGAUGUAUAACAUUGUUGUUGGACUCAAGUAUCUGGCCGCUUUAGAUUUAAAGUGAGCAUAAUUUGGCCACUGUCUACGUCGGCGCUGAAGGUAGUGCUGCGCACAUGUUCGGUAAAACUACUAGUUGGUAUUUCGUCCGCCGUACUAGGAGAUGGCCACCCUUAUUUGUGUUGUAAUGAUGCUGAAUUUCAACUCAAUUUGCCUGUAGUCGAGAAGACUUUUUUCAGCAUUGAUUUCCCCCUUCCCAGUCUGACCAAGCGGCAGCGCGAGGUCAAAAUGGGCGAUAAUGAGAUGAGGCUCGAUUUAUGCGCACCACAACACUGCUUGUCCCUCCAUACUGACGGAGUCAGACCGUGACAUAACUUAAGCAAAUAACGAGACACUCCGGCUAACCCUCAGACGACUUUGUCGCCAGCAUAAUCUGUCGUUGUGAGUGGGGGCGUUACACACAGCUCAGUUCCGUGUAGCCGAUUAUCAGGUAGGGUCAUAGUGGACUGGCCCUCUCGGGCAGCUAGACGCUUACCAUGGCUGUCCAUUCAUAGGACUCUGUCCCCUCCUCGGGCACUCUGUACACUCUUAACCCACUAAUUCCCUCUGACUCACCGUUAUGCGUGUCCAAAGGAUGAUGGAACUAUUUAGACUGCGGUUUCUCCAAAGCCCCGACGUUCUAAGGUCUGGAACAGCUGAGAAAGCGAUAAAAAAAAACCCGGACGCGUGCUCCAUCUAUCCACUCCUGUAUAAUGCACCCACGCGGCGUUCAUAAUUACUUGUGCUCGGUAAGGCUAUGGUCACGCCUGAUCUAGCCGGCUUCGAGGACGUCGCACCGAACUUUUUCACGGUUUCUUAGGGAUUUUGAGUAGAGGCAGAUCACAUAUUUGUUUAUUUGAGAUUGUCUCCUUUAGCGCCUUAGGCCAGGAACCUAACUGUACGACAGUAAUGGCAAGCAAAUUUAUCUGACGGAGUUUCACGAUCGCCAUGUCACAGUGUCAUCACCGCGCUUUGCGGUAUUUUAUAAGAAAGUCGGUGUGCCAGAUCACAACCCUCUGCGUCCUAGUAGAACUGUCGCUGUGACCGCUUAUCUGUCAGACCCGAGAAUCUGCAUAUUUUGCAGCCAACCCUAGCUACCGCUAUCCGCCACCUGUGAACGUGUCGGAUAGGCAACAACUAAGCUAAUAGGCAACCAGUUUGGUUCACCAGGAGUUCCCCAGUGUUCAAAAUCUUCUUCCAAUCACAUUAGUCCCUCAGUUUUUUCUUGCUGUCAAGUCUCUACUUGUGACUGAGAUUUGUGUGUGGACUUCGAGGCCUGAAGAGGCUUGUUCUGAGGACUUUUCUCCAGAUUCACACAUUAGUUUCGGAGGAAAUAAGAACUAUAAAGUGCGCUCGAAACCACAAGGGGAAAACUCUGAGGGACUGACGGGCGAGCUGCCAGCAUCAACACAGAGACACCAACAGCAGCCAAAAAUCCUCGAAACACACGUUUGGGCACUUAGUUGGUCCCUGUUUUGAGAGUAGUGCUAAUCUGCAUAUUAGUAAGCCUGCCCACUGCUGCUGUGACCACUUGUAGUUUAUAUGCUCCCCCCCUUUAUCUUUUCUCUGCAGGUGAAGUGGUCGGCCAAUUGGUGCUCGCUCCCAUUCGCCUCGGAUCUGGACCGUCCUCCAGGCAGUCCUUUUUACUCGGCCCCGACCUCAACCAAUUGUGUAAAUAA